CCAACAGGAAGCUGGAAGAUGGCGGAGGUGGAUUUUGGGGGCAGUGAGCUGUUCGAGCAGUUGGAUGAGGAUACGCCGGCGCAGCCCGUUCACCUUCGCUUUGACGAGGCAACCGACAAUGAAGAGGAGCCCAGCGGGAUCCGGGAACAGCUCGCUCAAUGCGAGGAGACGAUAAACCAACUGAGAGCGGAGAAUGAUGAGCUAAGAAGAAAGCUGUCCAUGCUGAGCAGACCAAGCGGUCUGUCUUUGGAUGAUAAAUUCAAUGGGCCUUUGUUGCAGAUCUUAUUCAUGAACCACGUGGUUUCCAAGCAAUACCAUCAAGAAAUUGAAGAUUUUAUAACACAUUUAACUCAAAAGUAUGAAGAGCAUCAAAAAUCAAAUCCCGAGAAAACGUCAUUUAAUCUUAAACCCCAGCCGUCUAGUAUUCUACUAGAAGAAAAUGGUUGCUCCAGUGUGGAUACAAUUAAGAAAAUAAAAGAUGCCUUCAGUGUUGUCGGCAGUGUUCUGUAUUUUACCAAUUUUUGUCUGGAUAAGCUUGGUCAGCCGUUAUUAAAUGAAAACCCCCAGAUGACAGAAGGAUGGGAAAUCCCAAAAUACCAGCAAGUUUUUACUCAGAUUGUCUCUCUUGAUGGGCAAGAAGUACAAGUCAAGGCAAAGAGACCAAAACCAUGCUGCUUCAAUUGUGGUUCAGAGGAUCAUCAGAUGAGGGACUGCUCAAAACCACGCGAUCUUGCCCACAUCAACAUGAAGAGAAAAGAGUUCAUGGAUGCAUGCGGAGACUCCGGCAGCCAGAACCAACAGCAGCGGUAUCAUGCUGAUGAGGAGAGGUUUGGCAAAUAUAAACCUGGAGUCAUUAGUGAUGAGCUUCGAGAGGCCCUUGGUAUAUCUGAGAGCUGCCUGCCCCCGUUUAUAUAUCGGAUGCGUCAGUUAGGUUACCCUCCAGGAUGGCUAAAGGAAACCGAAAUGGAGCAUUCUGGGAUUUCCCUUUAUGAUGGAAAAGGCUGUAGUGAUGGCGAGUUGGAGGACGGAGAGUCUCGAACAAAUAAACAUCUGUCUUAUGAUGUCUCUAAAUUAAUUAGCUACCCUGGUUUUAAUACACCUGCUCCUCACUGGAUGGCCGACGACUGGCAAAGUUUUGGCUCGAUCCCUAUGCAGCCGGCUCAUCACAAAGAGGCUUUUGCAAAGUACCUGACACACAACUUUCCUGCACAAAGCCGAAAUAGUAACCACAAAAGAGCAUCUUCCUCUCGGACUGGGUCCUCAAGAAGAAAAAAGGCAAAGAGUUCUGGAAAUCACACAGAAGAAUCCCCAGUGGAUAUGGAUGUAGAGUCAGGUAAUGUGGACAUGAGCUAUGGCUCUCCUCCUCACAAAGGUUUCAAGUUUCAGCCCCCUCUUCCACCUGGAUCUCCAUCAUUUGGUACUCCACCCCCUUUGCCACGUGGAACACCGCCAUCUACACCACCCAACUUUAUUCCGCCCCCUCCACCAACACCUACUCCACCGCCUCUUCCUAAAGGCACACCUCCACCUACCCCCACAGGAGCUUCUCCAAUGGCUCAGGGCAGGGGUGGCUGUAGUACACAGCCGCAAGUGGUGGACUCCAUGGACGAAGACACAUUGACUCUAGAAGAGCUGGAAGAGCAACAACGUUUAAUAUGGGCGGCUCUUGAAAAUGCUGAGAGCGCAAACAGCGAUUCAGAUGUCCACACACCAUUAACUGUAAGUUCUGCCCCAUCUUCUCCUACUAGGACUGAGUUAGAACAUGUCACAGAGGGAGAGGGGAGCAUUCAAAAGCCUGGUAGAAGUUCUGAUGCUUUUCUGGAGGCUAUUGCGGAAAAACCUGAUGACGAAAGCACUCCAUUAACACCUGAAGAUGAUGAUGAUGAGCCAUCAAAGAAAGACAAUAACAUUGACUGCAAAGUCAUAGAGGGCAAUGGAUCAACAGUAAGUAUUAACAAGGAGGGAUCAGAAUUAAACGAAGAGCCAACAGAAGAGGAAGCCUGCUCUGUCCCAUCCACCCCUAACUCAGGCAUUCCAGAUAUGAGCAAGUUUGCUGCAGGGAUCACACCGUUUGAAUACGAUAAUAUGGCUGAGUCAACUGGUGUGUACUUGCGACUUAGAAAUGUGCUGAAGAACUCCCCUAGAAACCAACAGAGAGGCAAAAAUAUUUAGUAACGUUCCCAUAUGGUGGUUGCAAGGGGAAGUUAUCUUUUUUUAUUACCUUUUUUUAUUUCUAGUAUGUAUUCUGUUUUCGUUUAGGUUAAUGUAAUGCCUCAAAAC